AAACCCAUGAGCUGAGCUGAGCUGAGCUGAGCUGAGCCCCCAUUAACUUUGAACCAGAAAACUGAUAUUCUCUCUCCCGAGGGAGAGAGAGAGAGGAAUGGGGGAAGAGAGUAUGGAGGAGAAGGCCAGCUGUUCCUCCACCGCCAACGCCACCGCCAACGCCAACGCCAACGCCGCUCCCACUCCCUCACCCGACGACAUCUCUCACUUCCUCCACUACUUCCUCCUCCGCUCCUCUUCCUCCUCUUCCUCUUCUUCGCAUGCUCAGAGGGACCCACAUCAUCAGCAGCUCCACUCUCUUUUCCUAUCUUCUGACAUCCACCGGCCCCCACCUGGCCUUCCACCCGCCGGGGACGCGAUCCAUGCCGCGGACUCCUCCGCCGGCGGAGGUGGCGUGUACCUCCCCUCUGCUAGUGGCCCCCACGCGCCGUCAUCCUCAGUGGGGGCCAGCGAGAACGAGACGGAUGAGUACGAUUGUGAAAGCGAGGAGGGUCUGGAGGCAUUGCUGGAGGAUAUUCCGCCAAAGCUGAAUCCUUCGCGAAGCUCGUCCAAGAGAAGCAGAACUGCUGAGGUUCAUAACUUGUCGGAAAAGAGGAGAAGGAGCAGGAUUAAUGAGAAAAUGAAAGCAUUGCAAAGUCUAAUUCCAAACUCUAACAAGACUGAUAAGGCUUCCAUGCUAGAUGAAGCUAUUGAGUACCUCAAGCAGCUUCAACUCCAAGUUCAGAUGUUAUCGAUGAGAAAUGGGUUGACAUUGCACCCGAUGUGCGUGCCUGGGGUUUUACAGCCCAUCCAAAUCCCACAAAUGAGAGCGCUGUUUGGUGAAGAGAAUGAAAAUUUGCAUACCAAUCCUAUCAAUCAAGAAACGCCCACGCAGCAAACAACUUUUGGUCCGCCUGAUCAACACACAUCAAUUGAGCCACCUUUGACAAAUAUGUUUGAUAGUGGUCCUACAUUUGGAUUAGAAUCGUCCCUGCCGAUCCACCCAGGUCCCUAUCAGUUGAACUCAGCUUCUGAGGAAAUUGGCAGAGAAAAUAUGCUGAGACAUCGACAGUCAAAUGUCAAUCACCCGGACACGUGUCUGUUAGGUGGGCCGUCAAGAUAUACAUAUUCUUUACCCAAAACUGAUUACGAAGUGGGAGCAAGAGCAGCUGCUUCACUUCCCUUUGGUUCACAACCAUCUACUAACCUAAAAAUAUCAGGGCAAGACCAAUCUCAAGGCUGAUGGUUUUAGCAAGACAUUCGGGGACAAUGGAGUCAUGGAGAACAUAUGGAUGCUGAUUUUGAGUCUGGUGAAGUCAGGAUUAGAAAAUGGCCACAACAGGCUUUAUAUAUGCUAUGUUGGGCUCAGGAAUAAGUUGUUUUUGAGAGGUGUUGUAAUUUCUUUGUCUAAUACAUCUCUCAUCUGAUCUGAUGUUAUACAUAACAUUGUUCGAUGACAUGAACUGUGUUCACUAACAAACCGAGCUGAACGAUACUUGUUUAUGAGGUUUCCUGCUUUGGUAAUUUCAGCUACAAAUAUACCACUUGAUAUGUUUUUGCUAAGUCAA